AUGGAAGACGAUAAUCUGAUUCUUCUUCUAAAUACAAAUAAAUUUGAAACUACUACACCUAUUCAACAAAAACGUGAACCAUUAGUUGAAAUAGCCGAUAAUGAUGAUCAUGAUUCAAUAGUAACAAUGACUUGUCUAAAUGAUCGUAUUCCACCAAGUAAUUCUAAACGUCAUUUCGAUGACAUUAAAUUAGUUCGACCAUCAUCAGCUACAAGUCAAAGUUCACAUUCAAAAAAACAAGAAAAAAUUAUUAAUUAUGCACCUCAUUUAACAUCAGGUGGAAAUCGUAAUUCAAAUGAUAAUUUAAUUCAAUCAUCUAUCGAUGUUACUUUAUCAUCAAAUUCAUCACCUGCUGAACGACAACAACGACAGUCACCAACUGAUGAUGAACUUGCUAUUGUAACUAUCGUUGGUGCUGAAGAUAAUGGAGAACGAGAAAAUGAAAAUCCAAUAGAUAACAAUUUCACUAAUCCAUUACUAACACCAUUAACUUUACCAAAACCAUCUAUUCCAUCUCAAGUACAUUCAACACCUGAUGUUCAAAUAUCACGUUUUGACAAAGAUUCAGCAACAUCGAAAACUGCUUUUGCUCGUUCACAAUUAGCUAAACGUUUUUCAAUAAAUCAAAGACAACAACGUUCUAUACCAAUUCAAUCACUUUCAAAUACUACAAACAAUGAUUUAACAUCAACAAGUGAACAACAACAAACAGCUACAUCUCUUGCUGCAACUGUUGCUGCAUCAGUGGCUGUUUCUGUUGCUCAACCAUUUCUUAAAUUACAAAAUGAAUUCGAACAAAGAAUGAAUAAUGUACUUAAUGAAAUUCAACAACAACAACACAAAGCACAUACAAAUGGUGUUGUUAUCCCUGUAACACAUGUUCAACAAACAACUGAUUCUAAUAAAUUCUUAAAUGAUUGUGUUGAUACAAGAAUGAAACAUAUGGAAAAAGUACAACAACAACAACAACAAGCACUUAAACAACUUGCUAAUCUUGUACAAACAAAAAAACCGAAAUCUAAAUCACCUGUUCGAGAACAUAACGUAUCUCAUUUCGAAUCAGAUACACCACCACAACAACAACGUCAUUUUCUUGAUACACUUAUUGGAACAUCAUCACCACCUAUUCGUCUUCCUAAGACACAUAAAAAACAUCAUACAAAUAAAAAAUCUACAACAUCACCAUCAUCAUCAAAUAAACGUCCAAGUCGUGUUACUGGUACUAAUACACGUACAAUCAAAGUUCGAUCACCAGUUACAUUCACAGAACAACCACCUCAUAGUCAUUUUAAUAUUGAACCAUCAUUUCCAUAUGCUUGUGCAGUAUGUGAUCGAUCAAAUUCUCGUUCUCGUUCACGAUCUCGUUCACCAACAAAAGGUCUUUCACCUGAUUCAUCUUAUCCUCGACCAUAUGUUCCUGUUCCUCGACCAUCAUCAAUAAUGUCUGAUGGUUUUAUACCAUCAUCAACAAUAACUGGUAAUGCUUUAAAAGAAACUUAUCCACCAUUUGAUAAAUAUUUAAAUAAUUCUAUUCCACCAUUACCACUUGAACCAAAAUUAAUACCAUCGAUUAAUGAUAAUCUUGAUCUUCAUGAACGUAUUAAAGAAAUAGAUGAAGCUAAAAAUUUAUUAGAUGAAAAUUAUUCAACAUUACAACGACGUCAAAAUGAUGUUACACUUUUAAAACCAAUAACAGAUGAUUCAUUACGUGUACAACGUCUUGUUGAACAAUGUGUUAAACAAGUUACACGACAAGUACGUGAAGAAGUUAAACUCAAACUUGAACAAGAUGAUAUACAAAAUGAACAAAAAAAACCUAUAAUAACUACAAAAAAACGAUCAACAUCAAAAACACAAUUAGCUUUUGAUCGUCAUUCAACAAUACGAACAGGAAAAGAAACAAGUCCUAGUAAAGAAUCAUCAAAAUCAACAAAACCUUAUAGUGAUGCAUUUAUGGAAGCUGUUUAUGGACGUUCAUUAUAUGACAAGAUUAAAAAAGAUGGUAAACAACCAUAUUUUAAAUUAAGACAACAAGCUAUUCAACAAGCCAAACAAGCAAAACAAAUUGAACAAAUACCAGUAAAAGAUACUGGAUUAAAACCUUCACCAAGUGUAUUUGUUCCUCCUCGUUGUAUUAUACAACAAUCGUCUUCAAUACUUCCUCCACCACCACCUGUCUAUGAACCAGAAUAUUAUACACGUCCAGAUGGUGUUAUUCUUCUUGGUCCACCACAAAUUCGUGAUACACGUACUUUUCAACCAACUUAUAUACCUUCGACACAUAAAUUAACACCACAUAUUUUACCUAGUGUUGAUAUUGAUUCAUCAACGAAAAAAGUUCGUUUUGGUCAAAAAACAGAAACAGUUCGAGUUGAUUUAGAUGAUAAUGACGAACAAGAAGAUGAUGAUGGACAAGGUAUUAAAAUACCUGGUUAUCACGAUAAAAAAGAUGAGUAUCAACAAACAUAUGAUGGUCCAAGAUUUCCACCAACAAUUCCUCAUGAUGAAGGUUAUCGUAAUCGACAAUAUGAUACAUUACAAUCAGGUGCUAUUGAUUGGUUAGAACAAGAAUUAAUUGCACGAUUUAUGAGUCAAUUACAAUGUCGACAAACAACUAUACCUAUAAAACAACAUCGUGAUAUUAUAAGUGCACGUUCAUCAACAAGUUCAAGUAGUGAUGAUCCAAGUCUUCAUUGUCGUUUACUUGAUUUACUUGGACAAGAUGGUUUUCAACUUAUUAUUGAUAUGGGACAACCAAUUGAUCAAGAUUUAAUACAAGCAUUAACACGUGAAGUACUUGAAGAACGUAUUGCACAAAUGAUUGGUUUUCGAUCACCAAGAGAAAGUAUACAUGUAUUACCACCACCUGCUCCACCACCACGUACAACAACCCCGACAACAUCAACAACAGUUUUAAUUGAUCAUCAUCAUCAUUGGCCACAAGAAAAUAGUGUACCAACACCACAACCAACUCCACCACAAUCACCACCACCUGUACAUCAUCCACGUGUUGUUACACCAGAAAUUACAGGUCAAGAAGUUUCAACUGAAAGUGAACCUACAACACCACGUUCUAUUACACCACAAGAAGAUCUUGAUCGUCCUCUACCUUCUACACUUCAUCAUAGUGUUGGUACACCUGAACCAAGUGAAAGUCCAUCACCACCUUCAACUCCACGAGUACCACAGCCACCAAUCAUACCACAACCACUGCCUACUAUUGAAAAACGUGAUGCAAGUACUAUGGCUACAAUUGAAAUACCACCUCCUGUUAUCAUUCCACAACCACGACCACCAUCUCCACCACCUCGUCCAAAACCAAAAACACCUUCACCUGUUUCGUCAACAUCAUCAUCAUCAUCAUCAUCGACAAGUUCAAGUAGUUUAUCAUCAUUAUCUAUUCCAUAUUCAUCAACAGAUAGUCCAUUCAGUGAUCAUGUGUGGUUUGAAGAUCGUAGUGAAGGUCAAAUUAAUUUAUUCGAUCAAGAUCAACCACAAACAGAACUUAUUCUGAGACAAGCUCAACGAUUAUUAGAUCAACGACGUCGAAAUUCAUCAAUAACACCUGCUGGUAUGAGUUUUGUUUCACCUCCAUAUUCACCAGCUGGUGGUACUCAUACAUUAUCUAUUGGUGAAGUACCUCCUCAAUAUCCAAUACCAUCUACUUUUCAAAAUCAAGAUAAUGAACAUACAACUCCAACAGGAUCAGAUGAAAGCAAUAAUUCAGGUAAAAGUGAAGGUGAAGCUCCUUCAACUAUGACGACCAAUCAACAACAAGGGCCGAUAAAUAUUAAUAUUCGACGACCAAAUAAGAGCUUCUUAGGAAAAAAGAAUAAUAGAAAAUAA